AGGUAUCUAGGCGCUCAAGCUCCCCACCAAGCCUGCCCCGCCGCUUCGCGCCGCAAGGCAGAUGGAGGCCGCGCCAAUGUACACUCCCGUGCGCCGUCGCAAGGGGAAUAUCGACGACUGGGACACCGCCACCACGCGCGAGAAGGUGCGCCGCGGGAACGACCCUGACGCGGAUAUGGCGCCCUUGCCGCCCGCCAAGGCGGAGCGGGCCGCGGAGGCGAAGCUCGAGGACAAGGGGUCGGCCGCCAGCGGCGAGCCAGUGCCUUCGGUUGAGCCCAAGGCAGCUCUGCUGAUCACGGAGACUGGCUCGCAGGGCGUAUUGGAGUUUGAGCUCGACGGCCACAUUUAUCGAGUAAAAGACCACGAGGCGUUCAAGAAGGCGGAGAUCGCGGUGGCCAAGGAGGCUGGGCCGCCCCCGAAGCGCAGCCUGCGAGACCUGAAGCGCGCGCAGGAGCUCCGCCGUCAGUGCCAGGCCGUCGAGGCGCGCCACCGCUCGCCCGGCGGCGGUGCCCCCGCUCGCCCGGGUCAGCUCGCCGCGGCGGAGAGCUCCGGCGCCCCCUCGGACGCGGACCCGCCCGACGUGGAGCGCGUGGAGCGCGUAUUGCAGGCCGCCCGCCGCGCGCUGGCGCGCCGCUGAGCGCGUGGCAGCGGAGGUCCAAGAAGGACAAUAUUCGAGCAACAGAAGACGGCAUGAACAUACAGUCCUUGGGCUCAGGAGGGGAUCUGGUUUUCGGGCCGCUCCUUAGAUGCUAGGUCUGGGAGCCUAUGCGCGGCCGAGGCUCGCCGUGGCCAGAAACGCUCCCUCGUUGCUUUGUUCAGCGUUGCUUGUGGUAGCACGAUGACCGCCUUCGAUAAACAAGAAGUGGCAUAAGCACAUUGUGUCGGCGUUUCUUGCGGGCCGUCGGAAGUUUUACGCGUACGCCUUUUUUCUGCCUCGUCAUUUGCGAGCAGUUCCCUUGUGAGUCGUGCAGCGCGCUUGUCUAAUCUGGGUGGCCCUAGUGGGCAGAUCCGGGACAGCCGCAAGCAGCUCCGACAGUUUCAUGCUGCGCCGUUCCUUCCCCCUCCAGCCAUAACCGCUACGCGCCGCCACGGCUAGGACCCGCCUCGAAGUCCUGGCACCACGGCUGGACUCGCCUCGAAGACCUCGCCAGUGCGCGCCCCGGGCGGGGCCGCUCCCCAAGUGGGCGCGCCUCCGCGCGUGGCAGUGACAGCCGGGCCUGUCUGGUGCGGCAGGCUCCCGUCGUGCCGACCGGCGGCGGCCUCGCCGCCUGCGUUCGACGUUGAGCGCCGGCGGCGGCCCAGAAACUCGGUCGGUGGUGAACGAUCUGACGUUUCGGAAACGGCCGAGCGUGCGAGGUUGAACGAUCUCCGCGGUGUCAGAGGCCAGCGCCGAAGUCGGCAGGACAGGAACCUUGCCGUAGGUGCUGCGGAGCGGUGGCAGGGCCCGCGCGCGCUCGGCGGAGAAGCGAGCCCUCCCGCGACUACGCGUAGUCGUUUCUGUGAGGGCUCCGGAGUCGCCGCGCUUCGGCGCGGUGCGUUUGCCAAUGACGCCUUCGGCGUCCAGCUGGGCAGCUUGGCACCACCGCGGCGGUGGUGCGGAGGGGUAGCUGGAAA